AUGUUAAGUUCACGGAAUUCAUCAAAUCAUUAUUAUCCCAUAGAAAAACAGAAAAAAAUAUCAUCGUAUACUAAACCACGAACUGUACAACAUGGAAUACCCACAGGAACCUGUCCAAAUGGAUCUACAGCUAUGGCAAAUAUAUUAGUCCAUCGACAUCAACCUAUCAGUCAGGUAACAACAUCAGAAAAUGUCAAUUCACACAGGUUUUCUUCUACAUUGACGACAACAGGUGCUAAUUACUCACUUGGACGACAUCAGCUUUCAUCAACACCACGAUUAUGUUUUGAUUUAUAUCCUCAAAAAAAUAUAAGAACUGAUAUGAUUAAACUUCAGGAACAAGUGAUUAGUUUACGGGAUCUUGCAAAAAAUCAUGAACGUACAAUUGCACAAAAGAAUAAGGUUAUUAGUGAUUUAACUGAUGAAAUAAAAAGAAUGAAACAUACUAUGCAACUCAAUUUAAAGGUAGAGAAUACUAAAAGAAAAGAUUUUUGCACUGCACUUGCUGAUCGUUACUACAAACAGCAUAUUUUAAAACAAGCAAUAGUAGAAUGGAAACAGUUUAUGGAGUGUACAUGGAAACAGAGGAAUUUUCGACGAUUGACGCUAGAAGCCCAAUCUGAAUGUAUCAAAAUUACGAAAGAGUUUAAUCAAAAAAUCCUUCAGUUGGAGACUGAAUUAAAAGUUAGUCAAAGUGAAUUAGAAUCAGUGAAAGCAAAACAAGCCAGUGAACAAGCUGCUUUAAAAACAGCUUUAAUGCGUGGUGUAUGCGCGUUGAAUAUGGAAACGAUGGCUGUCUUCAAUGAAACUUUACCUAAUUUGAAUAGAGGGAAUGAAGAUAAGAAGCCAACUUUUAAGAUGACAAAUUUAAAAGAAGAACAGAAUUCAACAGAUGAUCCUCUACUUUUACCCCAAUUCACAUCAAAGAAGUUAGAUAAUAAUUUUCAACGGGAUAAAACUAUGUAUAAUCAAUCAUCAGAGAAUAUGAUUUUGAACUUACAAACUGAUCAUACUGUACAAUCCACUCAUCAAAGUAGUGAGUAUACACAAAUUUUAGCCUUAAUGCUACAGCAUACACAUGGAUAUUAUACUGGAUUUCAUGAAGAGAGUAGAUUGAAUCCUGUUGAAUCAUGGCCAAGAGAUAAGUUAAACAAUUUUGAAUCGUCUUAUUGUAAUGGAGGUAGAAAAGAUAAAUAUGGUAUACCGUUGAAUCAUUCAACUGAAAUAUGUGAACGUUGGUUAGGCCAUCAAGUAAGUGAUAAUUUAGUUAGUCUUCCAUGCUAUGAUCUAUUGAUGAGUUAA